UGGGAGUUCGCCAUCUAUUCAGCGAUAUAAUCCGUGCGGUUCCUCCCGUUAUCGAAUCCACCUGAAUCCGCCCCGGAACCUGUUAUGAACUUGAUGAUUUAGCAAGAGACAUGUCAAUUGAUCUGACGAAAAACAAAGAUGCCCUGGUGGCAGCUUGGCACAGCGUGGUCGACGAUAAAUUGUCUACUAACUGGGCUGUGUUUGGCUACGAAGGGUCGACUAAUAAUUUAAAGGUAGUCGGAACGGGAGAUGGCGGGUUGGAAGAGAUGAUUGAUCGAUUAAGUAGUAGCCACAUCAUGUACGCAUUUUGCAAAGUUAUCGAUACUAAAACAAGUCUACCAAAAUGUCUGCUCAUUAAUUGGCAAGGAGAAGGUGCUCCAAUCGUUAGGAAAGGAACGUGCGCUAAUCACAUUAGAGAUAUAGAAAAAUUGUUGAAGGGAGCACAUAUAACAAUUACUGCGCGUUCUGAAGAUGAUGUUGAGGUAGAUGUGAUUAUGGAAAAGCUUGCGCGAGCAACAGCCUCCGCAUAUAAGUUUAAUGAACCUCGUAGUGAAAAUGAAGGAAAUACAGGUCCUGUUGGAACAACGUAUCGCAGAGUAAUCCCAGAACAAGAGAUCAAUGCAUCGGAAAGAGAUCAGUUUUGGGAAAAGGAAGAAAUGGAGGAGAAAAAAAGAUUGGAACAAGAGCGGUUGCGCUGUGAACAGGAGCGACAGAAAUUAGAACGAGAAAUUAGGGCUCGGGAGGAAAAGGAAACGCAACUGAGGGAACAAAAAGUAACUGCUAAGGAAAAUUCAAUCGCUCGUCAAAAACUGGCCGAGCAGCGUGUCGAGGAUACAAACAACUUACGCAAUCAGAAAGCUGCUCAAAAUUACAGCAAUGAUGCCGAAGAUGAUCAUAAAUCACGAAGCGAAGAACUGCGGAGACAAAGGAGCAAAGAAACGCAACAAUUGAUUGCUCAAAGAACAAUAAACGCUCGAGCGAUAUUCGAACAGAAUUCGGCGGCCGGUCAGAUGAAGACGAGUUCGGCGCAACAAUUUUUACCUAAGAACAAUCACGUAGAGUCUAUGAGAAAAGCGUUGGAAGAGACUCAGAUAAAAGAUCAACCCGAUGUAAAGUCCCGCGAGGAAGCACUAACUGAAGCGAAAAAGUCUAUAAGUGCGGAAACAGCGACGAUUUCUUCGCCCGCAGUACCUCAGUCUCAAAAUACCAAUCAAGAAUUGAAAACGACCACGAAUCCGCAACCGAAAGCUGAACAGACGGCAGAGAAUAAAGAGCAGGUCGCUGAAAAUGAAUUGUACAACCAAUUAGAUGGCCCGUACUUAUAUUUCGAUCCGAAUAACGAGGGGAUGAAGGCUAGAGCUUUAUAUGAUUAUCAAGCCGCCGAUGACACAGAAAUCACAUUUGAUCCUGGCGAUAUAAUCACACAUAUAGACGCGAUCGACGAAGGCUGGUGGCAAGGUCUCGGACCUGACGGAACUUACGGACUUUUCCCUGCUAAUUACGUUGAAGUUAUCGAGUACAACACAACAUGAUAAGACAUGUUUCCAGAUGAAUUUAUCGGAUAUAAUUUUUCAUUUUCUUCAUAAAUUAUCCACAUAGAACCACUUGCAUGUGAGACAUCGGUAUCAGCGUAAUCCUAUUCCUGAUAAAUGCUAUUACAUUUUAAGCUAUAAGUAAAAUUGAACUACGUGAUAAUAUAAUUCUGAAUGACUAGAAAAAACCUUUUGUAAUGGAAACGUGUGCUUAGCAUGUAACAGUUGAAACGCACGUCUUCGUAACAUUUUGCGCCUUCCACGUCAUUGUUCAAUCUUAAAGCAUUUAUACAAGGAGUGAGUUUACAGUUAAUGUAACAGUUCAAUUGGUAAAAAUCUCAGAAGAGAGACGAUUGAAAUGGUAAUCAUAACCGGUAAAAUGUAUGUCUUCCCAGCAGGUCAUACAGGUUUUAUCCAAUUAACCCAUAUUAUAUAAAUAUAUAUCUUUUUAUAACACCCUGUAUCAGAUGCUGAUAUAGCAAUAACGAAAAUGCAUCUUGUAACAUGUAUGAACGGAACUGUGUUACUGCAAAACUGUAACAGCUACUUAUUUAAGUUAGAAUCAUUUUUAGAUUAAAUACUUUUAAUUUGUUACAGUUUAAUAACGAAAAACUUAGUAUUAAAGAACCCGCUUAAGUGCGAGCUGCUUCUUAAUUUUUAUAUUACUUUUUAAAUGUUGAUGUUAUGUCCAAAAAAAGCAUGAAAAUGCUUUCAGUUAUCGUUGAAACACCGUAAGAGCGGCAGUUGACACAUAUGUUAGGUAUGAUAAAUUAUUUUAUUGUAUGAUAGAAAUUUUUAUAGAUAAUAAUGAGAUAAAGUAGCAUCACAAUAUUCAUGUUACACAAAUAAAACGAAAAAAGUCA